UGGCCCUCCGUGGGGGGUCCGCACUCCCACUGCAGGAGUUUCUCUUCUUUCUCCCUCGCAGAUGACACGGCUGGUGACCGCUGAGAAUCAGACGACGGUGACCGAGUUCCUUUUCUCUGUAUUCCCACCUCUGCAUCAAGGCGGUCUCUUGUUCUUCAUCCCCCUGCUUCUCGUCUACGCAUUCAUCAUAACCGGGAACCUGAUGAUAAUCACCGCCGUCCAGCUGGACGCGACCCUGCACACGCCCAUGUACUUCUUCAUCAGCGUCCUGUCUUUCCUGGAGAUCUGGUACACCACGACCACCAUCCCCAAGAUGCUCUCCAGCCUCGUCAGUGAGCAGAAGACCAUCUCUCUGGCGGGCUGUCUCCUGCAGAUGUACUUCUUCCACUCACUGGGCAUCACGGAGGGCUGCGUCCUGACCGCAAUGGCCAUCGACAGGUACGUCGCUAUCUGCAGCCCUCUCCGUUACCCGACCAUCAUGACCCCCAAGCUUUGCGUCCAGUUAACCGCCGGGUCCUGCCUCUGUGGCUUCCUCCUCGUGCUCCCCGAGAUCGCGUGGAUCGCCACCCUGCCUUUCUGUGGCUCCAACCAGAUCCAGCAGAUCUUCUGUGACUUUGCCCCUGUGCUGAGCUUGGCCUGCACAGACACGUCACGGGUGGUCAUUGUGGACGCCAUCCAUGCAGUGGAGAUCCUGGCCUCCUUCCUGGCCAUCGCUCUGUCCUACGUGCGGAUCAUCGUGGUGAUUCUGGGGAUGCCCUCGGCCGAGGGCCGCCACAAGGCCUUCUCCACCUGUGCCGCCCACCUGGCUGUGUUUCUGCUGUUUUUUGGCAGCGUGUCUGUCAUGUACCUACGAUUCUCAGCCUCCUACUCCGUGUUUUGGGACACGGCGAUUGCGGCCACCUUUGUUAUCCUCGCUCCCUUCCUCAACCCCAUCAUCUACAGCCUGAGAAACAAGGACAUGAAAGACGCUAUCGGCAGGCUGCUCGGCCGCGGGAGGAGGGCCGGCGGGGUCCCGAGGUAG